GCCCCGGGAGAGGAAAAAUAUCAUCAAAAGGAACGAGGAAGCUCCGCCUCCAGAUAAUGGGAAUACUACUCUAGCAGUUCUAUCUCUACGGUUUCCCUUCCGUACGUCGGAGCAGCCAUGAGUGCCGAGCCACGCAACCGCCACGAGACUCUAGCUUUGCGGAGACAGCUCAUUGGAUCUUCCUGCAAGCUUUUUUUCCCAGAAGACCCCGUGAAGAUUAUCCAGGCAAAGGGCCAGUAUAUGUAUGAUGAAAAUGGAAAUGAGUACCUUGACUGUAUCAAUAAUGUUGCUCAUGUGGGACACUGCCACCCUGAGGUGGUCAGAGCAGCAUAUCAACAAAAUCAAAUGCUAAAUACAAAUUCUCGGUAUCUGCAUGACAAUUUGGUGGAUUACGCACAAAGACUUUCUAAUACAUUGCCUGAGAAGCUGUGCAUUUUCUAUUUUCUGAAUUCAGGAUCAGAAGCCAACGAUCUUGCCCUGAGGUUGGCACGGCAGUAUACGAAGCAUGAAGAUGUUCUUGUUAUUGACCAUGCUUAUCAUGGACAUCUGACAUCCUUGAUCGACAUAAGCCCGUAUAAAUUCAGAAAUCUAGGCGGCCAAAAGGAAUGGGUCCAUGUGGCUCCUCUCCCUGACACAUACCGAGGACUACAUAGAGAAGACCAUAAAGAUCCAGCCUCAGCAUAUGCCAAUGAAGUGAAAAAAAUAAUUGACCAAGCACAUCAAAAAAGCAGGAAGUUUGCUGCAUUAUUUGUUGAAUCUUUACCAAGUGUUGCUGGCCAAAUCAUUCCACCACCUGGUUAUUUCCAGAAGGCAGCAGAGUACAUACACAAGGCAGGAGGCAUAUUUAUUGCUGAUGAAAUUCAAGUUGGCUUUGGCAGGGUUGGCAAACAUUUUUGGGCAUUUCAACUUCAGGGAGAUGAUUUUAUUCCUGAUAUUGUUACAAUGGGAAAGCCAAUUGGCAAUGGGCAUCCUGUCUCUUGUGUAGCCACAACAAAGGAAAUUGCAGAGGCAUUUUCAGCAACAGGAGUAGAAUAUUUUAAUACAUUUGGAGGAAAUCCUGUGUCCUGUGCAAUAGGUAUAACUGUCUUGGAUAUUAUUGAGAAAGAACAGCUUCAAGCUCAUGCUCUUCAAGUGGGUAGCUUCCUCAUGGAAUUACUCAAUAAGCAAAAAGUGAAGCAUCCUCUAAUUGGUGAUGUCAGGGGUGUUGGAUUGUUCAUUGGAGUAGAUUUAGUACAAGAUCAAGAGAAGAGAUCACCUGCUACUAAAGAAGCAGAAUUCAUCAUAACAAGAUUAAAGCAAGAAUUCGUUAUGUUGAGCACAGAUGGUCCAGGCAGAAAUGUGCUUAAGUUCAAGCCACCCCUGUGUUUCAGUGCUAAAGAUGCAAAGCUUGUCGUGGACAAGCUUGAUAAGAUAUUAACAGGUAAAUGAAGAAUCAUAAUCUGAUUAGUAUUGUUGAAUAUUCUGCAGAGUUAGAGAAAGGAGACGCCUAGAGAAGCUCAUUUCCAGUACUUCAGAGGAUAAGUAUUCAGGUAAAACGAUAAAACAAAGUCUAACUCUCCAUGAAAGAAUCCAUUACCCUGAAUAGCUGCAAUUUAAUCCAACACCACAAUCUACAAUAGCAUGCCAUUACAAAUUAUUAAGAAAACUAUAAUUCGCUGGCUUUAAAAUGUGGAUAUUUAAUUAUUUCAUUCCAUCUCUUACAGGUUACACACAUGGUGCUGAUUUCUACCAUGUUUCUAAUAUAUUUCACUUAAGCUACAAUGAUAAAAUACUACUUUUUCUGGACGAAAAUAAUUUGGUCUACUGUAUUUUUGUACAAUUCUGAUGUUAAAGAAGUUCAAAGUUCUGUUCUACAGCUGUUAUCUGCUAACCUAACUUUUCAUAUGUAUUAUAGCGGAAGCCAAAUGAUUUAUCCAGAAAACAUAAGUCACCAUACUUGUGCUUGUUUAGUUACAAAAUCCAAACCACCAUUAAACUCAUUUCUGCCUGUAUUAUAA